AACCAAAGAAAAAGAAUACGUAAUGGCUGCUGUGUGUUAUGUGUUUCGCUGUGGUGGAAAGUCUUGACACAACCCCAUCGGCUGUAUCGAGUACUUAUGAUGGCUUUCGUGGGAAUUUCUUCAGUUUGCGAACUCGAAGAGGGAGAAAUCAGCGAUGAGACUUCUGAUGUGAGGGACGAGAGAAACGCCCCACCGAACACUUACGGCUCUAGGCCUAGGUCAUCGGAGGUUUGUCCUCGAACUAAUGCAGGUGUGGCAAAAUAUGGGAUGGGGAGUGAUCGGACUAGGACACCCCAGCACCACCCAUACUCAAGGAAACUGCAGUUCUCCGCAUCGAGGUGUAAGCAGUCUCGGCACAGUGAUAGGACUUCGCGAAAUCGGAUCGCGACAUCUCCGUUGCGGUCCGAAGUUCCCCCGCACAUGCAGAGGAGCAGAACGUCACAGAAUUCCAUCCCUGUAAUUAGUAGAGAACGGAGAACUUCACAGCUCGAGCACUACUCGUGGUUUAGAAGGUCUAGCGAACCGUCUAGGGACUGCAACUCACAUUCGCGGUCAACUACUGCGAACAGAAGCAUUUCUGAAUCGUCGCCGUCGGCGACAGGAAAGAACCGGUCACAACCAAAGUUUCUUCAACAGUCACCAAAGACAGAACCUUCUUAUGAAGAUCUUCUUGCUCAAUAUCGUACAAUUCAAACCCAACUGGAGACACUAGAAAAGUAUGAUGAAUGUAAGAAAGACGUCAAACCAGAACCCAAGAAAACGAAGACAAAGAAACACCACCACACUCCAAAAUGCAAAAAAGCGAGAAAGCUUUCUCAGCAGGGGAACAGCAGGAAAUCAACAGCAAAAUCAAGGAAGCGAAACACUUCCCAUAUCAACAGCUCAUCCACCAUGACUAAAGAAGCUGAUGACAAGGAAAAUACAUCUGCUGAACAACAUGAAGCCAGAAAUCAUGCCACACCUUUAGAUAACACGAAAGCAGUGCCAAACGAUCUGUCAUUAUCGGAUGUGAGUGAGCCAUAUGAGGAGGAAGAAAGUCUUCUCGAACUACGUCGCAAAGCCCUGGAGUCUCGUAAAAAUGCACAGAGGGCAAAGGCACAAGCAGUAUCAUUGGUGGCAGAAGAAAAGGGUGGGAGUUCCUCAGCAUCUCCGCUCCUCAUGGUGUUAGAUGAGCUUCCCGCAGAGCUUCUGGAAGCAGACUCUCCAAUCGCUGAAGUCCAGCACAAGCAACAGCUUCGCAAAGGCACCAAAAUGCCGUGGUUUGAUAAGGAACUGACGCAGCUCAUGAGAUCUAAGGACAGGGCGUACAGCAAGUGGAAACGCCACCCAUGCUACGAGAACUGGGAGGCCUUCAAGGCAAUCAAGAGGAGGUACCUGCAGAUGCUCAAGAGGAAACGGGCUGCAUACACAUCAUCAUCAUCUGAUGUUACCAGGGCUGGCGGUGACACCGUUGAGUCACCCAGCGCACCUAGCCCAGAAUCGGAAAAGGUUGCACAGCUUCCUGAUGGUGGCAGCCUUCCUCUUGAGAACAUUCCGCUACCAAAUGGCCAGGCUAGCCCUCUGGAAGAUAAUUAUGACACAGUUGAAAUGGACGUGGACAGUGACGGCAUUCUUAGUUCGCCAUCCUUGGAAGUUCUUGAGCAAGAAGACACCAGCGAAGCAGAAGACGAGGAGGCGCUGAGGGCACAGCUUCUUCAGUCGUUGAAGAGGAAGAGAGAAACAGAAGCAGUGGAGGAUAUUCAACCAAAAGACACUGAGAAGAAGGAAGCGCCCGUUGUCUCAGCCGUUGCACCAUCUGCCAGGGACACUCAGUUCAAGCUAAAAGAGAAGGCUAAGCUAGCAGUUAGGAUGAUAGACAUAAGAAAGGCAACUCCGCUUGUCAUAAACCUCGGGGUCGAUGAUACAACCUCCGAGGAAGAAGAAAGCGACCAGGAAGAGGGCGGGGCUGUUGCUCCGACACAGUCGUCCGAUUUUUCGGCGGGUCUGGAAAAGUUCCUCAAGGAAGCUCGACAAAAAGUACAAGUGCCACAGAAUCAGGCAGGUGGACUUCAUUCGACGCCUCUGUCAGUCUUGAAGCUCUCUCAAGCUCAGCAACUUGAGUACAGGAGGUUGAAAGCUGAGAUCGCAAGGAGGGAGCAGAGGUCCAUCAAGCAGUUGCCUUCCAAUGGUCAGCAGCUGACUAAAGCCCGCAAGAUUAAAAUGCGGAUGGCAGCUCUGAAAGCAUUGCAGAAUACGUUACAUGCUGAACGGAAAGCAUUUCAGCUGGAAGACAAGCAGAUGAAAACACUCCGAAAGGACGUGUUGACGAGGAAAACUGCAGUACGGGGUACGGAGGUACGCAUCCAGCGGCUCAAGGCACAGCUGGCAACCCUGGAAAAGGCGGUCAACGGACAUGCUGCGGAGAUCAGGAAAUCGAACGCUCAGUUGCAGCUGCUCCAAAUCACAGUGGACAAACGUAAGAGCAAUAUUGCCGAGCUCGAAAGGCAGUGUCUAGUGCAGGGCAAGGCUGUCUACGGAGACUCCUACAAGCUACCCGUAACAGAGAGCGCGCCAGCUCUGCUGCCAUCCAGGAGGAGGAGUUCUUCUGGAUCGCAUCUGCACGUUCAGAAGACACGCAGCACAGAGCCGAGCGCACCUCGAUCAUGUGCGGAGAUUCUGUCCGAGAAGAUACGCCUCCAAAAGCUGGAGCAGGAGCUACGUCAGAGGCUCCAGGAACUGAAGCAGGGCUCAGUGGCCGCACCAGCUCAAGGUGUCCUGUCUAGGACUAUGCAAAGCAAGACCACAGAUGCCACUAGGACAAGGGUCGGGACACCAACUCCAGUGACCUCUGAGCCACAGUCGAGCACUUCAGCUUCCACAAGCGCAACUUCAAUUGGGUUAAAGGAAGAGGGAAUGUGCGAUCGUAGCGAAGCAAAGACCGUUGAAGACAAUGAGGAGUCCCAAGCAGAAGGAACACUGAGUCAAGUGGCAAAGGCCAUGCAGGCUGUAUAUACUGAUCAUUGCGUCAGGUGCCUGGAGGGCAAAACGGAGCACACGGAAGAAUCUCGAUUUUUUCCGGUGUCUGAUUUUGUGGUUCCUGAUGGGCCUCUACUUAACAAACUCAAAGUAAACUUGCUCAAGCGCCCUUCGGAUUAUAUUCCUCCAACAACAGAAAUCCACCAUGUCGACCUCAAGUCAUACGUAAGCCCUCUCUUGCACUUCCGAAGUUACAGGUUGAGCGCAAACUUCCUGAGGUUGUCCAAUCAGUCGUUGGACAGUCAGACCUUCUGCCACAAGUUGCAGUGCCGUGCACACCUCUGCCGUUAUGAACUGCACGGAACGUGCAAUGACGACCGUUGUUCAUGGCAACACCAAAGAGAUUACAGCUGCAGUGACGCCGAGGUGCUCGUCGACCUAGCCCUGUACUCUAGAGAACUGCUGGGAAUCAAGCCAGAAGACUCACCUCAACAGUGCAUAGCAAAAGCAGAAAAAUACGUUGCGGACUUAAAGAAGAAGCACAAAGGCCUUAGCAUGAAAUUGCUCUGCAAACUGGUUGUCACUGACGUGAAUCGAAGCCUGAAAAACGUGUCACCUUGCUACAUACCACUUUCGAAAAGGCCUUGCACGCUACUUUCGUCAAAAACUUCCACUCCAUGUCGACCGGCCGACAUAUCAGACCCUGAUCUACAGACAGCUAAUGAAAAGAAAGACUGGAGAAGUAUGCUUCAGCAGAAAGUAGAUAGGCAAGACCCUGAACUCCUGGAAUUAGAGUCUGACGUCCGUUACUUCGAUGCAGCGGUGCACGCAGGUAUCCCGGCACUGGAAGCACUGGUUCAGAGUGAACCACAGAGUGAAGAACUGUGGCUUCGACUAGCAUACCGGCACCUACACAACAAGCAAAGCACCCCCGAGGAUUGUCUUGAGCAGGCACUGAACGUUUUCUCGCAAGCUCUGGAAAACAAUCGAAAUAGUCCCGAAAUUUGGCGGCACUAUCUGUCAUGGUAUUCAGUGCAUCCCGACAGCAGCGAUCUGGACUACCUGUGUCGUCGUGCGCUUGACUACUGUCCUCAUAACUCGGUCUGGUGGAAGUGUGUAACACUAGUUGAAGGGGUAGAGACGAAAGGUCAGCUAUGUCAGCAGCAGUUGUACCAGUUGACGCAAGAGAUAACACAGACGCAACAAUCUGAGACAGGACAUUGCUCAGGAUGGGUUCUGGAAGUCUUACUCUACUGGGUCCACCUGAAUGCCGUGUCGGGGCGGAUAGGUACAGCGUUCAACAUCCUCAAGUCCUCCGUCAAGUCGGUCAUUGGCUUCAAGUACUUUGGCACGGAAAGCUACGGCAGCGACUCGGCAUCCCUUGACGGCACAGCUCGCGACGUCAUUCAGUGUGCUAGCAUGUUGCUCGUCCCCGAAGACUUGGAUUUUCUCUGGCUUUGCUACAUCUGCUUUGUUGAGUUUCGAAGUCUGCCAGACUUUCUCUUCUCCACCGAGCAUGGUUCUCUUGGCCGCCUCUGCAGAAAGGACCACUUUGAAAUUAAAUGGCACGAAAAGAAAGUGUUGCUGCAGUCACCUAGCGCACUGAUUUGCGCCUUCCAGGAAGCUGUGGAUGAGCUUGGUGGUCCCGAAAAAUGCACGCCGUUAUUUGCCAGUUGGCUCGCCCUGCAGACCAGCCAGGACAUGGGAGCAGACGCAUUGCUGUUGUGCUCUUCAGCGGUCGAAGAGAAUCCUUUGUGGGCAGAAGGUUGGCUACAGCUGUUCAACUUGCAUCAGACUUUGGGCAACAAAGAAGACGCAACAAGGGCACUAGAAGAUGGACUGAUGCAUAAUCCAAGUGAUGCAAAGCUUGUGUUUCAUGCUGCGAAGCACAAGAUAAUCAAGAAGGACUUUGUUUCAUAUGAAUUGCUGGAUGGAUUUGUGAAGGAUCAUUUUGUGCUUGGAGACGACGACUGUUUCUCAACAGUAGGAAUCGGCUCUGAAAGCCCUGUUGGUUUUCCAAGCCUUCAGAACCAUGACGAAAAGCCUAGUAUUUAUGCAUACCUUGACUACAUCGAAUUUGCGAAGAUGAAAGGAGCACCUACAAAAGACAUCAGGGAACUAUUUGAAAUUCUAGUCACCAUGACCUCAUCCACAAGCGAUCUUCAGGUUGCGUGGUGGAAUUACCUGACCUUCCACCUCGAAACCCUGGUGGUGCCAUCGAGCGACGUUUCGGCGCCGAUUCGUGUCAGUCUUUCGGCUCUGAAAUCACUCACAGCUCUCAUUCAUCGGUGCCUGCUGGGAGUGCCGUGCCGCCGUCCAUUGCCGACGGAAAGCCGGCAGACCUGGUCGGACUUUGAGUUUGCCAAUCGCGUGCUGGACAUGCUCGCUGCUCACGUUAUGGAUCCCCAGGAUCGCGCGGAGCUCCUGGCCUCGUACGUGGUGGAUAUGCCGCGCAACUAUGCCCUUGCGAAACAGGUGGUGGAAUUAUACCUGCGUGCGAAAGACCAGCAUUCUGCUAGGACAUUUUUGAAGACUGUGAUGAAUCCCGGAGUAGCGUGCUUCAAUCUUUGGGAAUUUGCUAUACAACUUGCCAUACUUGAAGACGAUCACUAUGAGGUACACAGGCUAUUUGAAGGUGCUGUCCAGGCAUUGCCCUACCACAUAGACCUGUGGAACCACCUGGUGAUAUAUGAGUUAUCUCAAGGGCACCUUAAACAUGCCCAGAAAGUUGUGGAGACGGCAGCAAAGUAUCAACUCCUGGAGGUGCAACAAGUCUUCGACAAUCUAGUAUCGAAAGGUGAGAAAACGUGUCGACUUUUUACAUUCAGCUGUGUACAGCAGGAGCCGCCGAGCUUGAAUUUGAGAUGACAGGCUUGGUGCGGGCCAUGUGCUACUUUUCUCCGCUUGGUCUCUGUAGACCUGACUCAGGAGGAAGUUCUGGAACGUCUCAAGAUACACCUGCUGCCCAUGUAAUGCUCUGGUGGACCCUGGAAUCUAGUGGAUUUUGGCAAGGGGUGUUUAAACCUCGGAACGGAAGACACGCAACGCAAGACAACACUGAUACCCCCCAGAUGCUCUAUAAAUAGUCGAAAAAAUGGAGACCCGUCGCGGUGGGUGCCCCACGAUCAUUCUGGUCAGCUCCUGGUCUGUAAGUACCCUUAUCGUUGUCAGUGGUGAACUUGUUCGCCAGCUGUGAAUUGCUUUCUUGUCCAUUCCUUUUAUUCUUCACCUUGUACAUUUUUAUUUUGUGGUGAGAGGACAGUUUCUUUGCCACUCCUUUACGCUGGAUCAGAUUCCACAAGAAGCUGCCACAUCCUAACUUUUGCCCUUCCCUAGCUGCUUUACAAAAAGAAAAAAAAUGGCUGCUCCUCCUAAGUUGCAAAAAGCUUGGUCGUCUCCUUUUUCAAGCAUGCUCUUUUCUUCCUCCCCCUCCACAAUAAGCAGUUGCAUGACGCCUCUAUCCCAAUGUGUCACCGUAGUAUACUUUCCGUCGAAAGCAGCGAAAGACACGUUUGAGUAAGGGACGUACAGGGUUGUGCCAGGCGUCAUUUCCAUCCCGUUUUUUAAUCUUAACCGAGUCACGUGGGAAUCGAGUGAUUCGCUGUGACAGAGACUCUCUUGUGACUCCGACGAGACGGCAAAGUUCUGGGUGCAUCUGACUCUCUGCGGGAUACGCUAAUCAUGCAAGAAGGCAAUAUUCUUUGUCGUAUGUGGAUCCGAAGACGGAAGAACGGAGGAUCUCCAGACAACCUUGUGCAUCUCUCUUGCUGGAAGCUACUGUGAUAUUUAUGAUUGUGCAACAUGCUGUAUCAUAUAACAUUUUUUUAGAACUGCAAAAGAGAAAUGAAUGUGUGUGAUUGCAUGGCAUUUGCACUUGCAGUUUGGUUUCCUCUCUCUCUCUAUUUUUUUUUUUUUUUUUUCUUCUGUUUGAGGUGAAUCUCCUAUGGGAGGUUGCAGUAAACUUUCCAAUUCACCCCACAUGAUCGAGUAAAAGGGAAGUCAUCAGUGGGAUUUAGUCAGUUCGAUGCUUGUGUGAAAUUGCCAGUCAAUUGAGCCACAUAAUUUGUGCCAAUGUUGUUGUUUAUUGUUUUUGUGAGGUUAUAUAUUGUGCGUGUUAGACACUUGUUGUGCCAUGCAAACACACCUUUUCUAUUAAAUAUUAAAAGUAUGAGUGAUGUACAGAGAA